GUCUCUAAAGUACUGGGCGAAAGCUAAAGCAGAGCGCUUCCCAUCAUCCUCCAGGCAGCAUUUACCAUCAUGCAUCUCGCUGUCUUUAUUCCCGACUUCCUUGCUGCCGCUUUGGGGGUCAGGUGCGCAUGCGUGUUAGAGGAACCCUGCAGUCGGAUUAAUGGGCAUUAUUCUGUCCGCGGAGGAUGGUGUCGCGUGGAGGGCAGCACGUGCGGUGCCUUGCAUUUGUUAGCCAUCAUGUUUGUGUUGGUGGAAAUGACAGAUACUGUGCGAAUUCCUCCAUGGCAAUUUGAAAGGAAACUCAAUGAUGCCAUCACUGAAGAGUUAAAUAAGAAGUUGGCUAAUAAGGUUGUGUAUAAUGUCGGCCUUUGCAUCUGUCUGUACGACAUUACCAAGCUGGAGGAUUCCUAUAUAUUCCCAGGAGAUGGUGCAUCGCACACAAAAGUGCAUUUUCGUUAUGUUGUAUUCCACCCCUUUCUUGAUGAGAUUCUGGUUGGAGAGAUAAAAGGGUGCAGUCUAGAAGGAGUUCAUGUUUCUCUUGGUUUCUUUGAUGACAUCAUUAUCCCUCCAGAAUCGUUACAACAGCCUGCCAAGUUCGAUGAAGCUGAACAAGUGUGGGUUUGGGAGUAUGAGACUGAAGAAGGAGCCCAUGACCUCUAUAUGGAUAGAGGGGAAGAAAUUCGCUUCCGUGUGGUGGAUGAAACCUUCAUUGAUACAUCCCCAACAGGGCCUAGCUCUGCCGAGCCCUCGACCUCUAGUGCCACAGAGGAGGUGCAGAAGAAAGAAGCCCCCUACACUCUUAUGGGGUCUAUCAGUGAGCCUGGCCUAGGCCUCCUAUCCUGGUGGACAAAUAGUUAGCUAAAGGAAGAAACACUGUUCCUCCAGAUGGAUGUUUUCCAGUCAAAAAAAUCCAGUGGGUUCUUCUUUUCUCUCUUGAAGAACAGUUGCAAAGUGGAAGCAGUGUCUGAAUGAUUCUGGUUUUCAUUUGAUCUACUUCAGUCUGGUCUAGACAUAGAAAGAGUGGGACUGUUCAAAGUAACUGAAGACCAUGAAUGACCCUGGCCACC